GAUACAUGUUUUUCAUUGCUUGUAGGAAUCUUAUUAUAUGAGCAUAGGUUGUUUGAAGAUUUGCCAUAAUGGGGUUUCUCAACCUAUUUCUUGUAGCUUCUUUCCCGGUUAUCAAAGUGUUACUCAUUACUGCACUUGGACUGUUUCUUGCACUGGAUGGCGUAUCGAUAUUGGGAAAUGAUGCAAGGAAGAUAGUGAAUCAGCUUGGGUUUUAUGUGUUUUUUCCGUCGCUGGUGGGUAGCAAUCUGGCCAAAUCGAUUACCUUUGACAGUGUUGUUAAGUUGUGGUUCAUGCCCGUGAAUAUUCUUGCCACAUUCAUAUUAGGCUCGGCCUUGGGAUGGAUUUUGAUAAAAAUUACAAGGCCUCCCAAAUACAUGGAAGGUCUAAUCUUGGGUUGUUGUUCAGCUGGAAAUCUAGGGAACCUUCCUAUGAUCAUUAUUCCGGCUAUAUGUAAAGAGAAAGACAGUCCUUUUGGAGAACCCGAUCUCUGCUAUCAAUAUGGAAUGUCUUAUGCUGUACUUUCUAUGGCGAUUGGAGCAGUUUUUCUAUGGGGAUAUGUUUACAACAUAAUGCGGAUUUGUUCAAGUAGAAUCCAAAAAGAAGACACCACAAGCAACGACAUAUUGAAGGCUCCAAGGGAGAUAUCAGAGUCAGACCCCAACAAUCUUUCAGAAACACUUAUUCCUACAGAAGACACCAUGGAUGAUACAUAUACCAUACUGCUUUCUGAUGAAGAACCAGAGAAAAAAGUUUCAUUCCCAAGUAAAAUUAAGCACCAUUUGAGGGAGAUCUCAAGCAACUUAAACUUGAAGUCCAUCUUUGCACCAUCAACCAUCGGAGCUAUUGUUGGCUUUUUCAUCGGUGUAAUCCCCCAAAUUCGUAAUUUCACCAUAGGCAAUAAUGCUCCUCUUCGUGUGGUCGAAGACUCUGCUACCAUGUUGGGUGACGCAGCCAUCCCUACUAUGACUCUGAUAAUGGGUGGAAACCUACUUAAAGGUUUGAAAGGAUCAAGCCCUCCAGUAUGGAGCAUUGUGGGGAUUGUAGUUGUGAGAUAUAUUUUGCUCCCUCUUUUGGGUAUGGGAGUUGUGAAAGCAGCUAUACAUUUGAGUCUGGUGCAUUCAGAUUCUUUGUAUCAGUUCGUGCUUCUGCUUCAAUAUGCACUUCCACCAGCCAUGAAUAUAGGCACCAUUGCUCAGUUGUUCGGAUCUGGUGAAAGUGAAUGUUCUGUAAUCAUGUUAUGGACGUAUGGGUUAGCUUCAAUUGCAGUUACCCUUUGGUCAACUUACUUUAUGUUCAUAGUCUCUUGAUUUUGUAUUACUUAAUUCAUAUUAAUGGAAAACAUGCCUUCAUUUUUUGUUAUUUAAUUAAAAUAACAUUAUUAUAACAAAAAUC